GGACGAGAGCAGGCGGCAGCAGCGGGGGCGGGGACAAAAAGCUGCGGGAAAGUCGGACACGUUUUCCGUUAGCCUUCAAAGCAUGUAAAAGGAAGUUACAAACGUGUUUACAUCCUGUUUGAUCAUCUGUAGGCUACCUGUAGUUUGCAAAAAUGGUUGAGGAAAUCGCAUAUGCGUUUUUGAUGGCUGAGGAAAUUCAGUAUGAAGAGAUGCCCCUUCUUAUCCACGAAGAUCGACUUCAACAGAGAAGGUUGAUUCCUAAAAUACCACAUUUUGUUGAGCAAGUCGUACCUUUGUACAGUGUGACUGACUUUAAAAGUCAUUUCAGACUGUCGAGAGGACAAGUAGAGGAUGUUAUGAGGAUUUUGGGACCCUUUUAUACGAACAGACAACAUACCAAGUUGCCGGUUACCCACGCUGUUCUUGCCUGCCUGUGGACUCUAGCCAAUCAGGAGUCGUAUAGGGGUGUUGCAGACCGAUUCAACAUUUCAAAAUCCACCAUGUCAACCCAUCUCCAUCACUUCUGUUCCCUGGUCUACACACAUCUGUCACAUCACAUUUCAUGGCCCACAGGGGAAGCACUGAACACAUCACAAUUACAUUUUCAAACAGCCGGCUUUCCAAAUACAGUCUGUGCUCUUGAUGGAUGUCACAUUCCCAUCGUCAAACCAUUUUGCAACAACCCCAUAGCCUAUUAUAACAGGAAACAGUUUUACUCCAUCAUUCUCACCGGAUUCUGUGACAGCGAGCGCCGCUUUUGUCAUGUCAAUGUAGGUCACCCUGGAAGUUGGCAUGACGCGAGAGCAUUUCGAAACACGGAUGUAGCAAGGCAACUGGAAUUGAAUCCUCAGACUCUUGUACCAGAAGGAAUGCACAUCAUUGCUGAUUCAGCCUACCCUUUAUCACGACAUUUGAUGAAGCCCUACAGGGAUAAUGGGCACCUCACUCUUGGGCAAAGGCGCUUUAACUCAAAGCUCAAUGCAGCCCGUGUGGCCAUUGAGCAUGCAUUUGGCAUCUUAAAGUCAAAGUUCAGGAGGCUGAAGUGUCUGCACAUGAAGGAAGUGGCAAACAUCAGUGCAGCAGUAACAACAUGUUGCAUUCUACACAACAUUUGUUUGGAGUCUGGUGACCAGGUCAAUGAAGAUGAGCUGGGUUUUCAACAGGACAUCGAAGAGCCACACCCACCACAGCCCCACAACCAUGAUGCCUCUCAUUACAGAGAUAUGAUUUGUGCCCACCUUUAAGGAUGAGAUACUCUUUAGUUUGAAGUCAUACCUUAUUUUCUUUUAUUUAUGUUUGUGAGCUGGUGUGCAGUAUGCCACAAGGUCAUGUUAGGCACUUCAGGUCAAAUGCAAAGUAGUAAUACAAUAUUGCAAUGUUUGAAAAGGCACUGAGGAUUGCAGCAAAUGCGUACAUUUUGAGACGGUUACUGUACAGUUUUAAUCCUAAGGCAUUUUGAUUUGAAGUGCCUCUACAUCAUCAAGACUUCUGCUGUGCCUCUGAGUGGCAUCUCAUAGUAACUGGGUGGUAAGAACCCAGGCUAAAUCAGCAGGGGAUCGUGGGAGUAUUUCACCACUGGGAAUGUGAACCAUUUACCACUGCUCACUUUAUGGUGUUUCCGUUCCUUUAUGUAUUAAGACAGACACAGAAUAUCAUUUAACAUCUUUUAUUUAGAGAUUCUUUUAGCAACCCAAUAAUUUCUUUUUGUUGCUUUCCUAUUUCUUUUAGUUGUGUUAAGACCUGCCCGAUGCAAGUCACCAUUUUUUUUUCAUGCAACCUCCUCCUUUUUUCCUUUAGGCGUCUCCACCUUGUUACCUCUGGCCUCACCAGCGACUCCAAUGCAGCCGUCCUUCUCUCGGCAUGGGACCGGUAUGUGUCACGAAAUGAUGUGCUCUUUUUAUGUGUGGUAUGUGUAGUAGUGGGGAUGGCAGUUGAGGGACCAGGCUGGGGAUCUUCAUUGUCGGACUGAUGAGUUACUUCUGAGGGAGUUUGGAGUGGUAAUGUAUUCUGACUGGGAAAGAGUGGUGUGGAAAUAAUGGUGCCUGGUGAUGCACUCCCCACUCCUGAACCACCAAAUAUUUCAUCCAUUUGCUGCAACAAAGGACAGAGUUAAAAUCAAGACAGCCAUAAACAGGAAUGUUAACUUUUCAUUGCAGAAUAAAUAUUCAGUGUCCGAGUGUGCUGAAGAAGCCCUAUAGCCAUGGGUGGAAAAUACUGAGAAAUUAUGGAAGACUGAUAACCUUUCAGAAUAUCCCUAUAACAUUUAAGAUGUGCAUACAGAGCAGGCACUUACCAGGUAAUAUUCCCAGGUGAUUUUGCCCUCUCCUGUUGCCCGAGAUCUGUCC